GUCAACAUCAUAAGUGUCAUUUGUAUCAACUUUGUCUUCACCCUUCGUCGAAGAAUAUGGUGUUCAUUUACAUUUUUCAAAUAGAUUGUAUUCUUUGAAUUUUGGCUACUUAAACUUUGGACCCAAGAAAUAUUUCCAUAUAUUUACACUGCUCUAUCUGUAGGGUGUAUAAAUUAUCAUCAUGUAAUGAUGAUUAUUAAUAAUGUGCUCGCUCUUUCUUUUCCAGCGUUUGAUUGAAUUUAUUUCCAUAUAAAAUGUGUCACACACACAAAAACGUGUAUAGUGUGAUGUCAAUACCGGAAAUUAUAUUUUAAAUGAAAAGUUAUUUGUAUUAUUUUUUUUAGAGUUUUUUUUUUUUUUAUUUACUUAUUAGAUUAUCGGAAGAAGCACACUCAUUUAAUAAUAAAAAUCAAAGGCAAAGAGUUUUAGGUAACAACGAAUACUGCAAAGAAAUUUUCAGAAACUAUUUUAAACAACUUGUCCUGCCUACAAAAAAAGCUAAGAGAUAGCCUUGAGAAGCGGCAGUUUGAUUAUCUAUUCUAUUUAAUAAUUUAAUUUUAAUUAAAAUAUUGAAGAUCUUGGAAUUUUAAAGUAUUUUUAUAUUUUCAGUUUCAAUUUCAUAGUUUAUAGGCCUAAUCUUUUCAUUUUUUUUUUUUUUUGAAUGAACAUCCCCCCUCCCCCCCCAACCCAACUUUCUAUUUAAUAAUUUAAUUUUAAUUAAAAUAUUUAAUAUCUUGGAAUUUUAAAGUAUUUUUAUAUUUUCAGUUUCAAUUUCAUAGUUUAUAGGCCUAAUCUUUUCAUUUUUUUUUUUUUUGAAUGAACGUCCCCCCUCCUCCCCCAACCCAACACACACACAAACGUUGUACCAAGCCAUCAUAGAACGUACUUAAAUCGUUACAGUCAAUAUAACGUCUGUUUGGUUUUCCGAAUACCCGGUAUAGGGCCUAUACAUUUCUUUUUGAACAUUCCAAACUAUGCCAGUCAGCGUUGCAACUGGGGGAAGAGGUUUUUCUAAACUAAAAUUGAUUAAAACACAUGUAAGAUAUUAGAGUUAGAGACUGUCAUAAUUUCAGGAAAAUUAUUGCAGAAUGUGUGCAUAAAUGUAAACCCUCGCGCUAUACGCAGGCGUACGAAAAAACCUCCAAAAUUAAAAUCCACCCCCGCCCUCACAGUGAGGAAGUAGAUUAGGUAUAACGAAGUGGCUAUUCGCACCCGUGUACCAGAAGUGACAGGUUGGGAUUUAAAAAAAAAACUAUUAAAAAUGUCAUUGUUGGAUUUGUAAGACAAAAUGAGGUAUCAAAUGAAAGAUAUUUGAGUGGACUAUAUGUUUGUAAACUUACUUCUUGGGGUUAACCAAAAUAAAUUACCACAAAUGACAUCGGAAUAGCAUUUAGUUAAAAUGGCCCCGGACACGCAGCGCCGCCAUUCGCACCCGGGUGCCAUUAGACUAGGGUGACCAAACGCCCUGUAACAACGGGAUGGUCCCGUUUUUUCACGAUCGUACCAGGUGUCCCGAAAAAGUCUCUCGGGACGCGGAAAUGUCCCGUUUCUAAAACCAAAAACAUGUUCAAAUCACUAAUACUUCCUAAUUUAUAAUAUAACUUCAAGUAAUAUUUUGUCUAGCUGUGUAACCAGUGCCAGUAGUAAUGUGGGCUCGCGUGAUGGCUGCACUGUCCCCCCCCCCCUCUACCUCUCUUCACGGCUGCGUAAACGCCAGUGUUCCUGCCAUAGAUACGUAUAUGUAUAAAUACAUAAGUAGGCCCUAUUCACUGCAAAAUUAUUGUUUUUGUUUAUGAUAUGCCUCAGAGUUUAAAUUAAAUUACAAAAGUGAAGGUAAAUUUAAAAAGAUUUCUAGGUCUCAAAGUUGUUAAAAUGAGCAUAUUUCAAUAAACGGUUCCUGGCGGAGGCCCCAAGACUAGGGGUCGCAAAAAAACGAAAAAAAAAAAAACCCAGGUAUUUUCGAUAAUGAAGUUUACGAAUACCGGAAUCCCGGUAUUUUAGAUAUUUCCGAUAAUUUGUGUAGUUUUAAUCUUUGGUCAAACUCCAAUAAUGAGCUCGUCAAAAUGACGACGUGUCCGAUGUUUGAUCACUCAAUUUGGAGCGCAAUAAAUGGUACCAAAAGUAACCAGAGAACUUCCGCUCAGACUCCACAAGACCAAACUGAUGUCUUUGUUUCCGAUAGUUUCAUAUGCUUUUUAUAUUUUGGUUUAUUUUAUUCAGUGUCCCCCAUUUCUUGCCAUCAACCUGAAGGGAAAAUAAAUUAUUAACAAAAAUUUAUUUUUUAAAUCUAUUUGGUUUGACAUGUAGGCCUAGGCCUACAACUUUUUUUUAAAAAAUGUUUAAAUGUUCAUGUAAAUGUUUGGCUUGGUAUGGUACAGACAAGCUGGGACAUUCAACCUGUGACAAAAUAGUUCGUAAAUCAAUUAUGAGGUGAAUGUGAAUUAUUAAUAUUGUUUUCACAAAAUAGUAGUAACAUACUUUUUCUAUGUCUUAAACUUGAGGUAUUUGAUUAUCAAAAUACGGAUUUACUUAUAAUUUUAAAUAUGUAGACACUUUGGGAUAAUUAAAGGAAAUCAAGCCAUCAAACAUUUGUAUUAUCAUUUCCAUAUAUUUCAUGUUACAAACAAAUUUUUAAUGUAAGUCAACAUUCUAUCUUCAUUCGACUAUACUAAUCAUUUAUUUGUUAAAAAUAUAAAAACGUGUACUUUCCAAUCAUGUACCGUCACUUCGCGGCUCCACUUAAGCCACUUACACACUACACACGCACUACACACGCGCUACACACGCACUACACACGCACUACACACGCACUACACACGCGCUAUGCAAAAAAACAAAACUAAUGACAACGCCAUGAUAGUUGACAAAUGAACAGUACGCAGAUUUAGUCCUUCGGUCGGUUUGCUCCCUUUGAACUUGAUACACGUGGUGUGAGGGGUUCGCACUUUGCACAUCACAUAAAGUAUUGCUGUGCCUUGCUUUAGCUACGACAUGGACACUAAGAAAAGCGAUUAAAUAUUGUUUGAAAAUGAAAUCCCGGGGUCAUCGAAAAUCCCGGUUUUCAUAAAUCCAAUCCCGGUUUUUUCGAGCAUCGAUUAUGGUCCGGUAUUUUCGAGAGUCGGGAUCCCAGGUUGCGACCCCUACUCCAGACCCCUCUUUAGCUGAAGGGUAUCCCCCCAAACCCUCCUUGGGUGUGCCCUGUUUUGAUUUGGUCACUCUACAUUAGACCAAUGCUAUUCGGAUGUCAUUUGUGGUAGUUUAUUUUAGUUAAACUGAAGAAAUACGUUUACAAACAUCUAGUUAAUUCAGUUAUCUUUCAUUUGAUACCUCAUCUUGUCUUAGAAACCCAACAAUAAUAUUUUGAAUAAUUUUUUAAUCCCAACCUCUCCUUUCUGGUAUCCGGGUGCGAAUAGUCGCAACCUAGAUAACCUAUGGCGUAUCCGGAAAUUUGAUCGACAGAAAUUUCGUCGACGGUAAAUUGAUCGACGGAAAUUUGGUCGAAUCUUUUUUUUUUUUCCUUCAGUUUUUACGUUAAAAGUUUGCUUCAAAUUUCUUUUUGAACGCAUUAUUUUGUUUUACUAGAUAGUAUAGUUCGUUCAAAAAGAAAUUUGACGAAAAUUUUAACUUGUGAACUGAAAAAAGGAUUCGACGAAAUUUCCGUUGUAUUAAAUUUCCGUCGAUCAAUAUACCGUCGACGAGCCCCGCACACCACGUGUAUCAAGUUCAAAGACAACCAACCGAAGGACUAAUAAAGUUCAAUACUCUAAGAGGUCGAGAUUCUAUCUCUUAGGACCUCGGCUAUGAAACAAGGCCUAGUAGUCCCUGAGGACUCCGGCCAUGCAAUGCGGUCUCGAGUAAAAGGAUUUCUGGGCAGUUUGCUUCCACUCAUGAGGGGACAGUUUUGCGUCACAACCCCUCUUGCCCAUUGAGUCUUGCGGUCUGGACGUUGGGUUGGAACGGCUUUGCUUCCUCUCCGGGGAUGGCGUUGCGUUGCCUCCCCCACCGCCCAGGGAGCCGUACGUUCCUUGGUAAGGCAGGGCUUUACCUCCACUCCGGGAGUAGUCUCGAGCUUAACUUCCUCCCACCGUUCCUGUGAGUUGUGUGGACGUGGGUCAGAACGGCUUUGCUUCCUCUCCGGGGAGGUGCUGCGUUCGACUAAAUCUCUGUACUGUUAUUUUUCAACUAUUUCCAGUAACUAUAAUAUUGACAAUUGAUGUCCCCUAACUGAAAAUUUGAAUUUUACAGGAGAUUCCCUUACCUUGGGGGAAAGCCCGAAACUACAAACUACAAGAUUAAAAUAAUAUUUAUAAUAUGGCAAAAUUACCAGAUGGUAUAGAACUAAGCAAGGUAUGUAAAUUGGUUUAUAAUCUAGAAAUUGUGUCAUUUAUGUCACCAAAGUUUUUAAGAGCUAAGGCAUGCAUUUUGACCACUAUAAAUAUAUGAAAAGCUUUACUAUAAGAAAUGAGGAGUGACAUUAAUAAAUAAUAGUAAUAGCUUAAACUUAAAGGUAAGUCGUAAGUUCCUUGUGCCUUGUGUGAGCCAUGGACGUGGAAAUCGAAACUGAAUCUAAGACUAAAAGUAAAAGUAAAAAUCUAACUUCAAGUGAACGCUUAUGAUUAAAAUGAUUAAAAAUUAAAGGAUAACCUUAUACUGUACAGGGGUCGUCCAUUAAUUACGUUAACAAUUUUUACACAAUUUUUACACCCAGUCAAUAGAACCAGAAUUAUCAUUUUCAUCUUGCGGAGCUGAUAUACCAGACAAGUCAACAUCAUCCUCAUCUAAUAAUUCAACACUUAAAAUAGAAGCAUUGUCGGUGUGAGGUAUAAUUGCCAUAAGCUCUAUCUACCUCCAGGCAGCUACUUUCAUUAGUCGAAUCCAUUUUUGUUGAGGAGCAGGUGCUAAAAUCUUACGGUCAAGAGGGCAUUGUCGGUGCUGUUGAACAUGUUUUUUUCAACCUGACUUGUGAUGCAAAAUAGAUGUUACAGGUUUUCAAAUCCGUUCAAGCAGCGAUCAGGGUUUCUUUCAGCUAUAUCUCUGUGGGGGAGGGGAGCACUGCUCCCCCGGGGAAAGCCAAGUGCCCCCCCCCCCGGAACAAAAAUAUGUCCAACAAUAAACCAACAGGCACUGCCCCCAUCCCGAAAAAUCUGAAGUGCCCCCUCUCUCCCCCCCCUACAAAAAUAUGUCUAACAAUAAACCAACAGGCACUGCCCCCACCCCGAAAAAUCUGAAGGCCCCCCUCUCCCCCCCCCCCCCCUGUGGGAAAAUUUCUGAAAUAAUCACUGCUUGUUCCAUACCUGCAACAUGAUCGCACUUAGUCAUUUGCGACAAACAGAAUCUACAGGUAAAGAGAGGCCAACUUUUGACUUCUCUUGGACUAACAAAGUGUGCUAACAUUCUGACCAGCCAUCUGUAUUUCACAGACACACAAUUAAUAAACCGUUUAUUGUUAAAAGCCUAAAAGUUAUAUGACUAUUUACACUCAUUUGAACUUAUAAAUUUAUAAAAAUAAUGUAAUAAUCAGUCAAUUUUUAAGAUAAAAACUUAAUAGAGAAAAAAUUAUUGUUGACGUCAACUAAUCUAAACCCCAUACUCCCUCAUGUCAACAACUGUCAAACAUUUCUAAACCCUCUCCCCCUUAUUUUGUUGACAUAAUUAAUGGACGCGCCCCCCCCCCCCAGUUUAAUUUUUUAAAAAAAAGGUAAAAUAAAAAUGAGAAAAAUCAACUUCAAGAUGUGUUUUGGCAAUGUUAAUAAUAUUAUAAUUAUUUAUUAGAAACUAAGAAACAGUUAUUAUUAAAGAAGAGGCCACAUUUCCUAGAUUCUCAUUCAUGCGAGUUUCAGUUAUGUAUUUUCUGAGUAGGCCUAUUUCAUUCAAUUUCAAGUAGCAGGCCCCCCACUGGGGUGAAUGGGUUGGGCGGAAAGUGGGUGGGUGGGGGGUUCCCCCGCCCAUAGACAAAAAAAAUAAUAAUAAUAAUUGAAGGAGUUUUUUUUUUUGUAAUUUAGAUGUUUUUUUUUUUUUUUUUUUUUUUUUCAUGGUUUGGGGCGUCAAAAUUAUUUUCCCGUACCAGGUGGCACUAACCCUAGCUAUGCCACUGAGUAGGCCUACAAUCCACUGCUCUCAAUAGUUAUAGUAAAAUUAUAAACUUCAUGCACAUAAAAAAACCAACAUAUUUAAACAAAAUUAGGAAUUUUAAACCGACCAAAUGCACAGGAACAGUUUUUUUACAAAUGUGUUUAGGCUUAGGGUUUUGAAUGGAUAUUGGCAGGCUGUGGUAUCACUAGGGGGAGUGUGACCACAGGGGGUCGGUUUCAUAACAAAAAAAAAUUGAAUACAUGAACAGGUUGCCAUCAAAGCAAGGUGGCAUAAGAACAAUGUGCCACCAUAGCAGGUUGCUACCAGAACAGGGUGUCACCUGACCAGGGUUGCCAACCAUCCGUAAAUUUACGGACAGUCCGUAAAGAGUUGUCGUAAAAUUGCCUGUCCGUAAAAUUCCGUUAAAAAAUUAAGACGUCCGUAAAAAAAAAAAUCGACAAAACGUGGAAUCUCAACGUUUAAAAAACCCCCCAGUAAAUCAUGUUUGUGAUAUCUAUUUUCUUGAUUUAAAUUUUUAAAUUGUUUCAGUCUAUUAAUAAACUGUAAGAGCUCUCUGGACAGCUAGGCUCGCGCGACGAGACGCAUCGCGGCAAGAUGGACUUGUUUAGACAGAUCGUUUUAAGGGUCAACAUUUUAUGUUAAAUGUGUCCGUACAAAAUUGUAUUUGUCCGUAAAUUUGGAUGAAAUUUCUUAUAUUUGUCAGUAAAUGUUAUUUUAUUGAGUUGGCAACCCUGCACCUGACAGAGCAGGAGGCCAUCAGUGUUCUUUGAAAAACAGAGGCGCCACCAUAGCAGAACCAGGAUGUCAGCAGAGUAGGGUGCCAAAAGAACAGGGUGCCCCAGAUCAAUAUUCUAUAGCAUUUUCAAUUCUUUGCCCUAAAUAAUCUAUCCUGGGAAAUCUAGGGAUAAAAUUAGUUUAUUUAUAAUAGGCCUAUAUAUGAUAGGUAGCAUACAUGACAUUUUUAAAAUUACACUAAUACUUUUUUUCGUAUUCUGUAUUUUCAGAUUAAUCCUAAAUAUUUACACUCAAAUUCAACCAGUCAUGUAUGGGCAUUUGGAGCUUUUGCGGAAUUAAUAGGUUUAAAAAAAAAAUUUUUUUUAAAUUACUAAAUCACAUCAGUGUUUGUGUGGGUGUGGGAGGCUGGGUUGGAUGGUAUACAAAUUACAAAAUAGGUCAUACUAAACACCCCUUUCAUAAUUUACAAAAAUAAUUAAUUAAUUUUCAAAAGUAUAUUGUGUUUGAUUAGUUUUGAUUCUGGGAGCUAUAUUAUAAAUUGGAUGAGUUUUGAAUUUCCAAAAAUUAAACUAUGUUAAAUACUAUAAUCAUUUAAACUUUGUAAUACACUUCCUAAUGUAUUAUUUUUGUGUGUGCUAAUUUUGUAUUGCACACAACUUGUAAAAUCUCUUUUUAUGCACCUGACUACAGAUAAUGCUUCAAUUUUUUUUUCUUCAGAUAAUGCCUAUGAUCCUGAUGUUGACGCAACCACCCUGGAAAUAGAUAUACAAAAAGUAGGAAAUAUGCAAUGUCUUACUCUUUUGGAUGAUGGAGUAGGCAUGGACAAACAGAAAAUAAAAAAGAUGCUCAGGUUUUUUAUCUAUUUAUUAUCAGGUUUUAUAGAUAAAUCACAAUUUAUUUGGAAACUAGAAUCAAAAUACAAGAGACACACUAAAAAAUAUAUAAAUAACAGGGGGAAAGUUUUUUAAAUUAAAUGUGUCAAAUAAAUACCAAGGAAACCAAGGAUGCCUUUUCCCAUCCUAUUUUCCUUUACCCAUUUUAUAGUGAACUAGAAAUAAAAAAUGUAUUGUUCUUCAAAGGGUCCCCAUCUGACUCUUAAAAAAAAUAUUAUUAAAACUGCCUUUUAUAUUUAGUUUUAAUUCACAGAACAUAUCAACUCAUGUAAUAUAAUUGUUUACUUUAUUUUUCAGCUUUGGAUACUGUGAUAAAGAUACCUAUAACAAUGGAGAAUCAUACAAACCUGUUGGCUUAUAUGGCAAUGGUUUUAAAUCUGGCUCCAUGCGUUUAGGAAAAGAUGCACUGGUAUUUUCACAAUGCAGCCAAAGUGCUUGUAUUGGACUCUUGUCUCAAACCUACCUUGAAGCCAUAGGAGCUGACUCAGUGAUUGUACCCAUACUAGAGUACAGUCUGCCUGAUUAUAUCCUUUAUGCAGAUUUUUUUUUCACACAAAAGUUGUUAGAGAUUUAUUUCCUUGUGUUUUUUGAAUUUUUUUCAUGUCAUUAAAGACAAUAAAUGUCCAAAGAAUAUUAAUUUUGAUACAUUUUUUAUGUUAGAUGCAGUUUUGGAUAUUUUAAAUUUCUAUAAUGAAAGACAAGCCUCUAUAUAUUUCAUAAUAGUCUUAGGCCAUAUCAUUUGUAAUACUGAGUCUAUGUAACUCGUUUUCUAUCUACAAGACAAGAAAGGUAGCUCAGUAAUACUUUAUAUCUAUUCAAUGUGAUUUGAUGUUGUGAAAGAAAUAUGAACACCUUAACACAAUUAUACUAAAUCGUAAAAAUGAUCGUCAGUGUCUCAACAACCUUGAAGCUAUUUUGCAGUAUUCUGUAUUUGAAAGUGAGGCUUUAUUAAAAGGACAACUGAAUGCAUUGAAAUCUUCAGUAACUGGAACCAAAAUCUUUAUCUUCAAUCUCCACAGGUAGAUUUAGUAUUUUAUAGAUUUGUAAAAUUUAAAUAACUUCCUCACUUAAUUUUUUUUUUUUUCUAAUUUUAGAAUUGGCUCACAAAUUUAAAAUAAGUAUUUUUGAAAGUUUUUUCUCAUAGACAUGUCUAUAAUAACAAGAAAACUUUUCAUGUGCAUCAUAAAUUUGUUUGAACAAUAGUUUUGUUACUUGAAUCUCUGAUGUAGCCGCCCUGUAAAGUUUUAAACUUACAACAAUUUUUAAUUACAGUAUAUUAGACAGUAACAAUACGGAAUUCAGUUUAUAUAAAACUUUUUUAUAUUCUCACUUAAGCUUCUUAAAAACAAAACAGAGUCCCCUAGAGCCAAACCUGAAUCCCUCCGUACUGUAACAUAUAUUCUAAACAGAAAAAAAUAAUCUGAAAACAGGUCUUUCAAAAAUAAGGUCAUUCUAAGAUAUGCAUGGGGAAGAUGAAAUUAUGUGUUGUACUUGGAAAUUCCUUGGUUUUCUACCAUUAAUAAAAUAACUUUCAAUGAGGUUGAUAAAAUUACAAUUUAACAUAAAUCUGAAAUUAAUAUUCUUUAUUCUCAUUAUCUGAUGCCUUCUUAUUUCUAUUAUAGCUUUUGUGUAUAAAAUUCUUCUAAUUAUAGAUUACAAAGUGGUAAAGUAGAACUUGAUUUCCAAAGUGACCGUAAGGAUAUUAGAUGUCCCGAUCCCUAUAUGGCAGAUACAACUAAUUUGGAUUGUCGACCUGUGGAAGAUGUACCCGAGUACAAGAGAUCACUAAGAGUAAGUCUUUGAAAAGAAUUUGAUUAAUUUUUAUUUAAGCUUAUAAAGUUCUUACCUUAAGGCCUAAAGUAACCUACAAUAGUCAUCCCUAUGAUAAAAUGAUGUAAUCAUUUUUCAGGAGUAUUGCAGUAUUUUGUAUAUGCGUCCAAGAAUGAAAAUAAUCAUAAGAGGACAUCCUGUUAAGUCAAAAUAUGUUUCCAAAAUGCUGUAUCUAACAGAGGACCAUCAAUAUAAACCAUCUUGGAUGGUAAGUUCCAUAUCUAUUGUAUUGUGGGGAUGAAAUAGUUUUAAUUUAUAGUAAAAGAUAAAAACGAUAUAGCAGCACCACACCAAGACGUAGCAAGUCCAAACUAUAACAAAAUAGGUAAAACAUUUUUUAAAGUUUUCCUUUAUGUGGCUUAGAUUAUUGAGAUUGGAGCAUAUUUCACAAAUUUAUACAAUGAAGGAUUUGAAUUUCAACAAUAUUGAUGACAAAUUAUGUCUUAGUAAAAAUGCCUUCAUUUUUAACAUCUUAUUUGUGGAAGGAAAUCCAUCAGUUUAAUGAUUUGUAUGUCAUUAGGGGCGAAAUGACAAACCCAUCAAAAUAAAAAUUGGCUUCUCAUGUGCAACAGACUGUAAUGAGAACUACGGCCUAAUGCUUUAUCACAAGAACAGAUUGAUGAGAGCUUAUGAGAGGGUGGGAUACCAGAAACAGGUAGUUUUGUAAAAAUUGAUUGUAUAUAAGGCAUAUUUCUAUUCGAUAAAAUCAUAUAUUUAUUGAUCAAAGAUCAUAUCUAGUAAAAAUAAGCAAUUUUACAUUGAUUGUAUUGAAUCAUUUAAUUCAUAAUGAAUUUUUUUUUGUCUCACCAGGCCAAUGAAAGAGGUGUAGGAGUGAUAGGUGUUGUAGAGCUGGACUUCAUCACACCAACACACAACAAACAGGACUUUUACAGAAAUGACCACUUCAAGUAUUACUAAGCUCAUAUUCAGGGUUCUCAAACUCUAUAAACAAAAUUAUAUGCACUAAAGUGCUGCUUCACAGCUCCAUGAGUCAUUUUAAAGAGUUUCUUCUGUUUACACUUUUAUCUUUAUUUAAAUAUCAUAAUUGUUAUUAGCAUACCGUAACAUAAUAACCUAUGACCAGUUUCAUUCAUGCUAUCAAAUUAACUCACUUUGACAAAUGCAAUCAUAACAAGACAGAAUACACAUCUAUAUCACUCUGUUCUCAGUUCAAUUAUGUCAGCACUAGCUACCAAAUUAAAUGCUUACUGGAACAGCAAAAAGGAAAUACAAAAUAAUGAUAUAGGGUAAGUAUUUAUAAACAUGUAUAAAAACACUAUACUGUCUAUAAUAUUCUCUAUAAAUAUUAUCUUUAAGAUUACAUUACAUGUAAGAUAUUGAAAUUCUGUUUCAUGUAUUUAUUCUACAUUAUUACAACAUGUGUUUAAGUUUAUGCCUAACUUAACAGUUAUAAUUUGUCACAUUCAUAAGUUGUAUUUUCAAAUAUUUUUUUUUACUUGAAUAAACACAGUAAACUUCCUGAUUGGACUUGGGUUCAGUGUGACCAAUGUAACAUGUGGCGACGCUUGCGAACUGGAACAGAUGGUGAUUCUCUACCAAAACAAUGGUUUUGUUACAUGAAUAAAGAUGCACAAUAUAAGUAGGUCAUUUGUUUGAACGCAUAUUUAGGCAUUUAUUUCAUAUAAGAUAAGUGCUGGGGCUUGUAAUAAAAAAAAUGAAAUUACUGGUGAAUAUUUUUAAAAAAUCCUUUUGAAAUUAAACAAUAUGAUAAUAUCUAAGCUACAAAGUACAGACAGUAAACUUUUUUUUAAUGAUUGAUCUCUUCAUGAAUUUUGUGCAAUUUACAAUUAAAAAAAUCAAAUUCACUAAAUUUAAAAUUUAUUUUAAUUAAAAAUCUAACUUAAGUUUCUUUUGUUUCUUUUGUGUUUAGUCGUUGUUAUGAGGAUGAGGAACCAGAUGCACCUGUUGACACUCCAAGACGAAAGUAAGGAACUAGAUAAAAUUUAUUUAAUUUUUUAUGAAAUGUUAAAGGAAAAAGGAUGGAGUUGUAUUUUAAAUAAAAUUUUAUGUUUUUUUUUUAAAUGUUCAAAAGAACAAAGUGUCUUGGUAAAAUUAAUAAUUUAAAGUAGCUAUUACCUCAUCUGUAUCAGAAUUAUGCUUUUGUUUUUUUAAUUUUUAUGAAGCCUGAGACUUUGCUGUUACAAAUUAAUAUGAUUAUCUUAAAGUUUUAGCCCAGUUGACAACCAUUUGGGUAUUUUAUGCUGACCUCAUUUAGGGCAUGAAAUUAUAGUCACAAAAAUGUGCAUACCCUGGUACCAAUUUAUUCACAGGCCAUAACAGCUGGUAAACCAACAAAUCACCUUUACACAUUUUUUUUUCUGCAGAGCCAAUAAUAAACGUAACACAGAGCCUCUGUCACAGGUAAGAUAA